AUGGCUCAUGAUAAAAAGACUGUAAGACGAAGUCGGUCGCGUGAACGUGAUCGCGAUCGUGAAAGAGAACGAGAACGACGAGAUCGAAGGCGAUCAAGAAGCCGAUCAAAAGAUCGAAAAAAGGAUAGGAAACGAUCGAGAUCACGAGAACGAUCAAGAGAAAGGGAUAGAUCCCGUGAAAAAGAUCGGGAUAGAUCAAGAGAAAGACGAGAAUCUAAAGAUAAAUCAAAAGAUGAUAAAAAACGUAAACCAAGUCCUAUAUUUGUCUUAGACGAUGAAAAUAAAAAGGACAACAAGAAUGAACAAAAAAAGGAGGAAGAGGAAGGUGAAGAAAAGACAAAAUCUCUUCCAAAGAAGGAACCGCUCAGUUUGGAAGAAUUGUUAGCUAAAAAGAAAGCAGAGGAGGAAGCACGUGCUAAACCAAAAUUUUUAACUAAAGAAGAACGUGCUGCUUUAGCAUUGCAAAAGCGACAAGAAGAAGUUGAAGCUAUGAGAAAGCAACAAGAGGAAGCACGAAAAUCUUUCUUUCAUAAUGAAAAUACUGGAAAAGAUAGAGAAUGGGAUGAUAGGGAUAGGCGUAGAGAAGGCCAACGCGCGAGAGAAGAGGAAAUUAAGGACAAAGAUAAGGAGAAAGAAGUAGAAGCUAUUAAGGAGCGUUAUUUAGGAUUGGUAAAGAAAAAACGUCGUGUUAGAAGACUAAAUGAUAGAAAAUUUGUGUUUGAUUGGGAUACUUCAGAGGAUACAUCUGUUGACUAUAACAGUAUUUAUAAAGAAAGGCAUCAGGUUCAAUUCUUUGGUAGAGGAAAUCUUGCUGGUAUAGAUAUCAAAGCACAAAAACGAGAUCAAAGCAAAUUUUAUGGAGAGCUUCUAGAGAAAAGAAGAACAGAAGCAGAAAAAGAACAAGAGAAAAUGAGAUUGAAAAAGGUGAAACGUAAAGAAGAGAAGCAGAAGUGGGAUGAUAGACAUUGGUCAGAGAAAGCCUUACACGAGAUGACAGAAAGAGAUUGGCGUAUAUUUAGAGAGGAUUAUAAUAUCACAAUAAAAGGAGGACGUAUUCCUGAUCCUAUUAGGUCCUGGAAAGAAUCAGGAUUUCCAAAAGAAAUUCUUGAUAUUAUUGAUAAAGUGGGGUACAAAGACUUAACGCCUAUUCAAAGACAAGCUAUUCCUAUCGGAUUGCAAAAUCGCGAUAUUAUUGGCGUUGCUGAAACCGGAUCUGGAAAAACCCUGGCAUUCUUAAUUCCUCUAUUAUUAUGGAUUACCAGUUUACCAAAGAUCGAAAGAUUAGAAGAAGCAGAUCAGGGUCCUUACAGUAUAAUCUUAGCACCAACCCGUGAGUUGGCUCAGCAAAUUGAAGAAGAGACAAAUAAAUUUGGGCAACCACUAGGUAUAAGAACAGUCGUCGUUGUUGGUGGGCUUUCUAGAGAAGAACAAGGAUUUAGAUUAAGAAUGGGUUGUGAGAUUGUAAUAGCCACACCAGGACGUUUGAUAGAUGUAUUAGAAAAUCGAUACUUGGUUUUAAAUCAGUGUACAUAUAUUGUAUUGGAUGAAGCUGAUAGAAUGAUAGAUAUGGGUUUUGAACCAGAUGUUCAAAAAAUUUUGGAAUAUAUGCCAGUUACAAAUCUAAAACCGGACAAUGAAGAUGCCGAAAAUGAAGAAAAACUAUUAGCCAAUUAUAAUACGAAGAAAAAAUACAGACAGACUGUAAUGUUUACAGCAACUAUGCCUCCUGCGGUAGAAAGACUAGCCAGAACUUACUUAAGGCGGCCCGCGGUUGUAUAUAUUGGUAGCGUGGGCAAACCAACAGAAAGAACAGAACAAAUUGUUCAUAUAAUGGGAGAAGCUGAUAAACGCAAGAAACUUAUGGAAAUACUUAGCAGAGGUGUUGAACCACCAGUUAUUAUAUUCGUUAAUCAAAAGAAGGGCGCUGAUGUUCUUGCAAGAGGUCUAGAAAAACUAGGCUAUAAUGCUUGUACCCUUCAUGGUGGUAAAGGGCAAGAACAGAGAGAAUAUGCGCUUGCAUCUCUUAAGAGUGGAAGCAAAGAUAUAUUAGUAGCUACCGAUGUCGCAGGUCGUGGUAUCGAUAUUAAAGACGUAUCUAUGGUUAUUAAUUAUGAUAUGGCUAAGACUAUAGAAGAUUAUACACAUCGUAUUGGUAGAACUGGUCGUGCAGGAAAAGCUGGUCUUGCUAUUUCAUUCUGUACAAAGGAUGAUAGUCACCUGUUCUAUGAUCUAAAACAAACAAUCCUUUCGAGUCCAAUAUCUACCUGUCCUCCUGAAUUGUUGAAUCAUCCAGACGCUCAACACAAACCUGGCACAGUAGUUACGAAAAAACGUCGAGAAGAGAAAAUAUUUGCCUAAGAACAUAAACAGUUGAUUGUAAGAUUUGCUUAUAAGUAACUCGUACGUUCAUGUUUUAUAUAAGUACAUAUUUUUUAUAGCAAAAUAAUAGACUAUGUGAAAUGUUAGUAUGUAUAUGGAAUGAAAUAAAUUCAAUUGUAAAUAUGUGUGUAUAACGAAA